AUGCAACAUAUUAAUAUUACCACAGUUAUUCUUCUUGGGUUCCAAAACCUCCAUAACUUAAAUAUUGUAUUCUUCUUUAUAAUCCUAACAAUUUAUUGUUUGACAAUAUUUGGUAAUCUUCUCAUUAUUUUGUUAUCAACAUGCAAAAGUGGACUACAUUCUCCGAUGUACAUCUUCCUUACACAACUUUCCUUAUCUGAUAUUUUACUGACUACAGAUAUAAUCCCUAACAUGCUUCAUGUUUUAUUAAAUAAAAGGGGGACUAUGUAUUUCUCAGCCUGUAUCAUUCAGUUUUACUUCUUUGGAGUCUCAGAAACCUCAGAAUGCCUUCUUCUGACAGUCAUGGCUUAUGACCGAUACCUGGCCAUCUGCAAACCUCUGCAGUAUAACGUUCUAAUGAACCAUGCAUCUUGUCUUAAGUUAUUAAUUAUGUCCUGGUCUCUGAGUUUUACUUUAAUGCUCAUUGAAACAAUUAAUAUAUAUAAACUGUACUUCUGUGGACCUCAUAUUAUUGACCAUUUCUUCUGUGAUUUUUAUCCUCUGUUGGAACUUUCUUGCUCUGAUGUCUCUAGAGUGAAAACUGAAGUUACAAUACUUUGUAUCCCGGUUAUUAUUUGCCCAUUUAUGAUUAUUAUAGUAUCAUACAUUUAUAUCAUUUUCACCAUUCUGAAGAUCAAAUCCAUCAAUGGUAGACAGAAAGCUUUCUCCACUUGUAGCUCUCAUCUGACUGUGGUGUCUAUAUUUUACGGGGCUCUAAUUGGGAUCUACGCCCUUCCAACAGGAGAGUCAACAAGAAAAGUCAGUUCUCUUCUUUAUACCAUAGUGAUUCCAUUUCUUAAUCCAAUAAUUUAUAGCCUAAGGAACAAAGACAUCAAGAAAGCCAUUUUGUUUCUAAAUGCACAUCAUAUAAAAAAGAUAUAUGUGACGAUAAAUUCUGGUUGA